CUCUCUCUCUCUCUCUCGCUCUCGGAUUUUUAGUCUGAUGCCUAUCUUGAUCGUUUCAAAUACAUACUUAUUGUUGCUCUAGAUUAUAUGGGAUUUUUCUUGGUCAAAGUGAUGAAGUUAACGUUAAAAAUAAUAAAUCUUGGAUGCUUGAUGCCUGAUCCAUGUUUUAUUUUUUAUUUUAUUUUUUUGUCGAAGAAAAAUUGGUGUGGAUUUUUUUUUUUGAAUAGUGGAAAGAAUCUCUACCAAUGUUUUAUCGGAGAAAAAUCUGUUAUUUACUAGACCAAUAAUUGUAGGCAUUUUAUUAAGUGAACAUUUACAAAAGUAGACCUUAAUUUUUACUACAAAUACUUGAUAAAAGUUGACACAUAAUUAUUUUUUUCAAAAAGUUUUCUCAUAGGGAAGUGAGAAAUCCUAAUACCCUAAAAUCGGUCUUUUCUGUUUCACUAUUCAAUCUCGUCUGGCGGCGCCUCGACCGGUGCUGGCUCCGGCAUCGCCGUCGUCUUGGGUUGCUGCCGGACGGGUAUUUGAUCCAAUUCGGUCCGAGGUUUGUUCAUGGAUGGCUGCGCUUUGGAUUUUUUCUGGCUGCAUCUCAACCAGCGGCGGGGGUGUGCUAAUCAUGACUAGUGGGAUUCCGGACGGCGCGAGUUGUGGCGGCGUGUUUCAGGUGUGAGCUGUAGGUGACGUGAGGCGUGGCGGUUUGGGUCGCAGUGGUGAGUGGCUGCAGCGGCGUAGAUCGUGGCAGAGUGGGUCGAAUUGUGCUACUGUGCUUAUGGCAUAUGGCAUGUCGUCAGGAGAGCUGGGCAUGUGACAUACGACAUGUCGUUGAGGGUGAUGGGCUGGGGACAGACCAGCUUGAUGGACUCUGAAGUUUAAACUAUUCCUUUGGAUGCUUUGGGCUUGCUAUUUUGGGCUAGGGUUUUUCCCUAGGUCUCUACUAUGUUUUAGCUUGUAUUUUACAAUAAAUUCCCUGUUUUUUCAGGAACCUAAGCACUUAUGUGCACUCAAUGUCUCUCUAGCGUCUCUGAAGUAAUAUCGAAUGAGGAUAUUCGCUAGUUCUACGUAUUGAAUGUAUAAUGAGUAGGACUAUAUAUGGAUCAACGAAGAUGGGAGGACUUAGAUAAGGACUGUUUGGUGAAAGUGUUUGAGAAAGUUGAUAUGGAGUCGCUACUCUUGGAUAUUCCUUUUGUGUGCAAGUCAUGGCACAAAGAAACACUAAAUCCUUCUUGCUGGAAAAGUCUUAUCUUUCCGGAAUUUGAACCUGAAUUUCCUUAUGAAUUUGAUUAUCCAAUCCAUGAAAGAUUUGUUUCUGAAUUUGGCCUUGAUAGCAAUCGUGUCUCCGAAACUGCCUUUAUAAAGUUUGUUGUCAAUCGUAGCCAAGGAAAGGCUGUUUUUCUCAAGCUACCUGGAUUCUCUACCGUAGAAGCCUUUGAAUAUGUUGCAGAUGCGUGCCCUAACCUUGUGAUUUUGGGUUUACCAAGAUAUUUGUUGUGGAAAAAAGACAUUGAUCUCGAAUCGAUUGGCAAGUUCAAGUACUUGUGUAUGUUGUCAUUGGGCAGCUGCGAUAAAUUGGACAGAGUUCUUGCAGUAGUCAGCAAACGGUGCAAGUUGUUUUCUCAUUUAACACUGUCUAAUGCCCAAAUUGGUAAAGAAGAGGUUAUGGCAAUUGUCAACUUAGUCCCUGAUAUUAAGCACCUGAGCUUGAAUAGGGCACAAAUCGAUCGGGAUAAUCUUAUCAUAUUACUGAAGGGUUGCAAAAAACUUUCGUUCUUGGAGGCCAAGGAUUGCAUUGGUUUCAAUGAGGGUGAUGAUGAAAUAGCAGAGCUGGCUUCUCAUAUCAGUAAAUUUCGCUGUGAAGGAUCUAAAGAGCGCAUUGAAUUUCCAUUUGAUUUUUCUGAAUUUCUUCUUUCAUCAUUAACGGAAGAUUCUGUCAUAGAUUUUUCAAUGUUUGCAGAGGUUGAUGUAGAGGCAGAGGUUGAUGGCGAGGGAGAGGGUGAUAUUGAAGAAAGUGUUGAACCUUGAUUGAGCUCUUUAUAUUUGUUGAUGUUGUUAUAUAUGUGUGAUCUUAUCAGAUCCAAAUAUUGAAGUUUUCUUCUUAGCCUAAUUUAUGUAUUGGCGUAUCCUAAACCUAAAAGCUGUGGUAUCAAUUUUCUUGGUCUGUA